ACUUGCUACUGCGACUAACUUCUACUGCGACAUCUGUAAGCAUGCGGAUUCGAAUCAUUGAAAAAUUAAAACUAUAUAAAAAGUAAAUAACUUAAUGAUUCUUUUAUAUAUUUAAUGAUUCUUACAUAUAAAAUUACUAUAUAUAUUAUAUAUAAGUUUGUUGUUUUAAAUAAUGGGUGUUUAUGGUUUAUGGCGUUUACUUAAUGCAACAGGAGAACAAGUGCCUUUAGAAACAUUGGAAGGAAAAAUCUUAGCUAUUGAUAUAUCAAUUUGGAUACAUCAAGUAUUACAAGGAUAUCAGGACCGUUUUGGUAACCCGAAACCCAAUGCUCAUCUUAUUGGUUUAUUUCAUAGAAUUUGCAAACUUUUGUAUUAUAAAAUUAAACCAGUUUUUGUUUUUGAUGGAGGUGUGCCAAUGCUUAAAAAAAAUACAACUGCUUUACGCAGGAAACAGAAAUCUAUGGCCAAGAAUAAAGCCCAACAGAUGAGGACAGAAUUAAUAAAUAAUUUAAUAAAACAUUCUACGGUAAAAACAGCACUUAACAUUGAGAUGCAAAAUAAUACAAAUGAAUCUUCUGAAGUAAUUAUAAGUUUGCAAAAUAAACAAACUGUGGAUGAUAUGUUUAAAUUACCAAAUAUGCCAAGCACAAGUAAGGCAGAAUCAAGUUCUAAUGAUGUUUAUGAUUCUGAUUCUUCUGAUGAAUUGAGUCCGCGUAAACAAACAAAAUGGAUUGGAAAUAUUCAUAAUGUAGAUGUAACUAGCGCUGAAUUUAAAGAUUUACCAGCUGAUGUGCGUUAUGAAAUUCUAACUGAUUUGAAAGAAACAAGAAAACAAAGUUCAUGGGGACGUUUGCAUGAGAUGCCUGAAGAAUCAAAUGAAUUUUCUGGUUUCCAAAUGAAACGUUUGUUAAAAAGAAGAUUAGUACAACAAAGUUUGGAAAAUGCAGAAAAAGAAAUGGGAGGAAAAACACUUACAUUAGAAGAAUUAGAUAAAUUAUUAAAAGAACAGGGGAUACCUACAGAUAUUCAAAAUUAUACCCAUCGCAUUGCUGCAGACAAUACAACUAGAUUAAUUUAUAUUAGUGAUAAAAAUGCAUACUUUAAAAACAAAAAUAAUGUUAAUUCAAAUAACGAAAGUACACAGAAUAAUGAACAUAAAAUAGAUGAAGUUAUUGCUGGGCCUAGUAAAUCUACAUCGAUUCGUGAUGAUAUAAAUGAAUAUGAACUUAAUGAUAAUUGGGACAGCGAUAUUGAAAUAACAGCUACAAAUAAUUUUAAAUUCAUAAGUGAAAUGAAUAACGAUACAGAAUCGGAAACAGAAUCAAGGGAAUCACGAACAUUAUCGAAAAAAUAUUUGAAACAAAAUGUUAUGAAUCCUGCAUUAACAUAUAUGUUGGAAUAUAGUGGAUUGACAGAAAAACAAAUUCUUACUCUUCUUGAAAAUAAUGGAGAAAUGUGUAAAAAUGUUAAAAAUGCUUCAAGAAUAUCAGAACAAACUGAUUCACAUAAAAUAGAUAAUUGUGACAAUAAAAAUAAUUUUUUAAAUGCGCAACAUUUAAAUCCAAAGUCUGAAAACGAUAAAAAGUAUACGAAAUUCGAUUGUACAAAUGUUGUAGAAUCAAUUGAUGAAUCAAAAAUAUUAUCAGAAACAAAUACUGAAACAAACAUAAAUUUAUCUCCAAUUAAAAUUGCGAACAUUUCAAACAAAGCACAAUUUGAAUCAGAAACUGCAAUAAUAAUUAAUUCAACAGAUUCAGAUUCAGAUUCAGAUGAUUUUAUAGAAAUUAAAGAUAUACCAGCAUCAAAAGAGAACACUAUUAUUAAUAAUUAUGUUUCACAACAAAGUAUUCAAAUAACAUUUAAAUCUGAUGAAAAAGUAGAAGAUGAUAUGUUUGCAGAUAUAUUUGAAACAUCAAAUAACAAAUUAAACUUGGAUAAAGAAACAUCUAAAAAUAAAAUUACUUUUGAAAAAGAAGUUAUAGAAUCAACAAAGAAUCAAAUUAAAGAUAAUCAAUUAUUUAAUGCAAAGAAAUUUGAUAAUAUCAAUAAGCAAUCAGAUAUUGACAUUGAUCUGAAUAUUUUAAACACAAAUGUACAAUUAAAAGAAAAUCAAAUAGAAGACAAAAUUAAUAUUGAAAAAGUGACAAAUGUUUCAAAGAAUAAUAUAGAAAAUACAAAUAUUAAAGAUGAUAUAAAUAUUAAUACAUUGUCAAAUCCUAUAGAAAAAAUAAGUCCUAUACCUAUGAAUGAAAAUGAAUUGCUAUCUUUACAAGCCCAACUAGAGGAUAAGCAAACAGAAUUAAUUGCAAAUAUUGGUAAAUUAGAAAGACAAGGUAUCGAUAUUUCUGAUCAAAUACGAAUCGAAGCUCAGGAAUUAUUACAAUUAUUUGGAAUACCAUAUUUAGUAGCGCCCAUGGAAGCAGAAGCGCAAUGUGCAUAUUUAGAACAAAUUCAUCUUACCGAUGGUACAAUUACAGAUGAUUCGGAUAUUUGGCUGUUUGGAGGACAAUGUGUUUAUAAAAAUUUUUUCGACAACAAUAAAAAAGUUCUUGAAUUUCGUGCUUGCAACAUACAACGUUAUUUUAAAUUAACGCGAAAUGAAAUGAUACGUCUUGCCCUCUUAGUUGGGAGUGAUUAUACUACAGGUUUGACUGGUAUUGGUCCUGUUACUGCUUUAGAAAUAUUAGCAGCAUUUCCUUCAGAAGGUGACAAUUUAUUACAAGGCUUAGUAAAUUUUUGUUCUUGGAUCGAAAAUGGUAAAGCUACUGGUCCUGGAAAAACGAGUUUACGAACCAAAUUACAAAAUUUAGAAAUUCAGAAAGGUUUUCCAAAUCAAGCUGUUGUUCAAGCAUAUCUUUCACCAAUGGUGGACGAAUCAAAAGAAACUUUCAGUUGGGGUAAACCUAAUAUUAUACUUUUAGGCGAUUAUGCAAAACAAAAAUUUGGUUGGGACAAAGAUAAAUAUAACAAAAUUAUAACGCCAGUAUUGAACAGAUUAAAAGAGAAGCAAAUCCAAAAUAAAAUAGAUGCAUAUUUUAAAUUACAAACUAUUCCAAAAUCAAUCGAAAUAAAUUUAAGCCAACGAGUACAGAAAGCUGUGGAAAAAUUAAAUAACGAUAAUAUAAAAGAUUUUAAACGCAUUGAAAAUUUGCAAUCAUUGAAGAAACAAAAAUCUUCGAAUGAAAAUCAAAAGAAAAGGAAGGAAUUGAAAAAUGAACAAACUUUAACUGGUAGCGCUAAGCCUAAAAUUUUUUCUGUUCCUUCUUUUAACGAAAAAAAUGUCGAUGAAUAUAUUCCGCAAAGAGAACAUGAUAAAGCAAAUGCUUUAAAAAAUAAAUUACAUGCGAUCGAGGUACUUCGAAAAUCUAAACAAGGAUUAUACAAAACGAAAAAAAUAAAGCGUUGUGUACGAAAAAUAAAGAAAGAAGCUGAACUUUCAGAAAGUGAUAGUAGUAGUUCAUAAUUUUAUUUAAAUAUAUUAUAUUAUUCUAUUUUUAAUGUAAUUUUAAUGUAAAUUUAAAUUAUCGAAUGAUACAUCUUAAAAUAUUAUUUUUAUUUAUUAAAAAUUAAAUGAAAGUAUG